CUCUUCUUGUCCAGGCUGUUGAGGUCUGUACUUCAAAUUCCAGAAACCUUUCCUGUUCAUAGUAAACUAUUUGGGAGUCCUGCUCCAGUUUGGAAUUAUCUGCUUCAAGUGAUUCUAAUCCUCAUCGGCAGUGGAACAGUUUGUCCCACACAGAAUCAAUGUAUAUAGAAUUCAGCUGCCAAAAGGGUAGCUGCCACUAGUGAGUUCAUUGUUGGUUUCUAUGGAGACAGAGCAGCCUAUCCUGAACAGCUAUUAGAUCAUACAGAAAGAUGCAUGUCUCUGUGCAAGUUCAGUACUGAGCAAGUCAGACUUCUCAUUCAGUUUGACUUCCUACAGCAUUUCUAAACUGCUACAAGUAGUGGGUGACCAUGCAAGGCUCACCCCGAAGACGCUUGACAGUGAAUAUUUUUAGCAACUUUUUUCAGGGCCGGAGACAUUCCUCCUCUGAUCCUCUUCUCCGCAUACUCCAAAGGCGACGGAGCUCUGUUGUAGAGGUCCUCUCGACUUCUACGCAUAGAGUUAUGGUGGCCAUUUCCUCUGUAAGCCCCGAAGAGCUAAGUGCUGCUUUCCAUGAGAAAAAAAGAAGGUCUAGGCGUCCGACUGCGAAAUACACAAAAGUUGGAGAACGCCUUCGCCAUGUCAUUCCUGGUCAUAUGCAGUGUUCUAUGGCAUGCGGUGGUCGUGCUUGCAAAUAUGAAAAUCCAACUCGGUGGAGUGACCAAGAACAGGCUGUGAAAGGGCUUUACUCUUCCUGGAUAACAGAUAACAUUUUAGCCAUGUCUCGACCAUCAACAGAACUUAUUGAAAAAUACAAUAUUAUCGAGCAGUUUCAAAGAUGUGGCAUAAAAACAGUAAUUAACCUUCAGCGUCCUGGAGAACAUGCUAGCUGCGGGAAUCCACUGGAACAAGAGAGUGGUUUCACCUACCUUCCUGAAGCUUUCAUGGAGGCGGGAAUUUAUUUUUAUAACUUUGGAUGGAAGGAUUAUGGUGUGGCUUCUCUCACUACUAUCCUCGAUAUGGUAAAAGUGAUGACUUUUGCCUUACAGGAAGGGAGAGUAGCUAUUCAUUGUCAUGCAGGACUUGGCAGAACAGGUGUUUUAAUAGCUUGUUACCUGGUUUUUGCCACACGAAUGACAGCAGACCAAGCAAUCCUUUUUGUCAGGGCGAAAAGGCCUAACGCUAUCCAAACUAGAGGACAGCUGUUGUGUGUAAGGGAGUUUUCGCAGUUCUUGAUUCCUCUCAGGAAUGUUUUUGCAUCCUGUGAACCCAAAGUGCACGCUGUGACUCUUUCCCAGUACCUGAUCCGGCAACGGCAUUUGCUCCACGGUUAUGAGAGCAGGAACCUCAAGUAUGUGCCAAAGCUUAUUCAUCUGGUUUGCAAGUUGCUGUUGGACUUGGCUGAAAACCGGCACGUGAUAGAGGAGGAACUUUUAGACCUUCCAGACCUGUCCGCUGAGAUUGAAGAGACCGUUUCUCAGCUAGCUUCCACUCAGCUUGAUAAAGAGCUGACAAGGCAAGACAGUAGUGCUUCAGAACCAUUUUCUCUCUCGGGAGCCAACCCUCUUCAUCCCAAUGAACAUGAAUGUGAUCCUCUUUGGAAGAGGAGGAACGUUGAUUGCCUUCAGCCUCUGGGUCGUUCAAAAAGGCGCCUGAGCUACAGCGACUCAGAUUUGAGAAGACCGGUGUUUGUCUGUGAGCAAGGAGAGACCCCCUGGUCGGUGCCUGUGCAAAUGCCACUCUGCAGCAAAACAAACCCACCAAACAAUUGCCAGACUCUCAAGGUUGAUUUAACCCAAGAACUCUUAGUCCGUAGUACAUUUACUUUCUCGUGUCAGGACAAGGCACCUUUAGAUGGAAAAGAAGCUAAUUCUCCAUUUUUCCAUAAAAGCAGGUAUCCCGGAGAAGUACAGCGUAGCCAAACCUUUUCUUCGGGCCUUUCGUCUGAUCGGAAGGAAGAGGGGGCGGAGGAAGAUGAAGAAGAGCUAAAAGCACUAAACUAUCAUUGUGGCAGAAAAGCUAAUAGCUAUGGCAAAAAAAUGUGGUCCUCUGAGGACUCGGACUCUUCGAAAGCAGAGCGUGAGAUCCGCAAUAUUCGGGAUCUCUGUGAAUCGAUCCCCCAUAUCGUCGUGCAGUCAGAACUAACUCUGGAGGCACGAAGAACGUUGGCAGCCAAGGCCCUGGCUAAUGUGAAUGAGUUUAUGGGAGCAGAAGAAAUAGAGCAAAAAGUGGAGAUGUGGCAGAAAGAACUGAAUUCUCAGAAUGGCGCCUGGGAUAGGAUAUGCGGCGAGACAGAUCCUUUUAUCCUCAGUAGUUUGAUGUGGUCCUGGAUAGAGCAACUUAAAGAACCUCUUCUAACCAAAAAUGAUGUAGAUGUUUUAGCAAAAAACAAUGUAGACCCUCAAGAAGCACUUAAAUUAUUAGACAAGGGAAAAUAUCACACUAUUCUGUGCAUUUUAAACUGCGUGGUGCAGUUGCAGACCAUACCAGCGUACGUGGAGGACCUUCUCCUUGACCGUGCCAUUAAAGCAUUUACAAAGGUGAGUUCUGAUUCGGAAGGUGGACUGGACAUUUACAGCAUCCUGAAGAAUAUUUUUAAACAGAUAUUGGAACACCAAAGACAAUACUCCAAAGACCAAACAGAAACCCUCUUUUGAUGUUUACAUGCUAAGCUAGUUUUCUGCAGCUUUCCAAGACUAUCUUUCCUUUACCAUCCAUUGUUCUAUUUUGUAUUCCUUGGUUCAUGUUAACUAAUAACGUUGGUUAUUAAAUAACCAUAACUAAUUCUAUCUGGCUAUGUACAUAAGUUAAUAUUUAAUGAGUUGCCAUUUUGUGUCUGUACUGUGGCAUUUUGUACUUAAUUUAUUGAUUUUAGAAAGUUUAUGAUUAAUAAGCUAUUUUUUCCACACUGAGCUAUUGCCAUAAAUUCAGUGCCAUGAUACGCAAUGGUUUAUUCCGUUAAAUGUUUGCAGAUUAACACUAAGUAUACAAGAUGAAGUUUACGACAAUGGUAUUACAUUUUAUUUUGUGGUGAGUAAACAUUGGCUUCUAUUAAUGACUUUUGUACAACUGUACAGCUUUUCCUCUGUAAUGCCAAAACAAACAUGUAGGGGAAAAUAGAAACGACGUGCAGCACCAAGAUAGGCAAUCAAUUGCCCAUAGAUCCUUUUUAGAAAAUUGAGAAUUUUGACUUUAUAACACCAUAUAAAUUUAUAAUUCUCACAUUUGUUGGGGAAACUGAAAUGUGAGACCUGUAUUAUAGUGUCAUGCAGA